UAAAACGUUACCCAUAGAAACCCUACUAAGCAAACACAAAUUUUAACUAACUUCUAAAUUCCAAAUAAGCCACCUAGGUAAAAAUGUCCGGUGACACAAUCUAUGCAACACCGUCUCCGGCAACCGUGGUGAUGGUUCCAUUGCCGCUGCAAGGCCAUCUCAACCAGCUCCUCCACCUCUCGCGCCUCAUUUCCAUCCACAACAUCCCGGUCCACUUUGUCAGUACCACGACCCACUGUCGUCAGGCAAAACUACGCGUACAAGGAUGGGACCCAGUCGCCGACGCCGGCAUCCACUUCCACGAGUUUCAAACCCCUUCAUUUGUUUCUCCACCACCAAACACUAAUUCCACCACAAAAUUCCCUUCACAAUAUCAACCUUUAUGUGAAGCCACCACCCAACUCCGCCAUCCCAUGGCCUCCCUCCUUCGCAAACUAUCCCUCACAACGGGCCGCCUUGUGGUGAUCCAUGACUCCCUUAUGGGCUCCGUGAUCCAAGAUUUUGCAUCCCUACCAAAUGCGGAAUCCUACACUUUUCAUAGCGUAUCCGCUUUCACUAUGACAUUGUACACUUUUAAGACCUUAUGCAAGCAACUCGAGAACAUAACAAAGCCUCAACAUUUAACCAAAGAUUACUUGUCAUUUGAGGGUUGUUUUACCUCCGAGUUCAAGAAGUUCACAAGUAUGCAACACGAGUAUGCAAAAUUAAACUCGGGUCGCAUCUAUAACUCUUGUAGUAUUAUUGAGCAGCCCAUGUUGGAGCUACUUGAAAGAGAAGAGAACGAUCGAAACAAGAAGUUAUGGGCCCUUGGCCCUUUUAAUCCCGUAGAUAUAAAGAAGACAAUAAAAGGAGACAAAGGGCACACAUGUCUAAAAUGGCUUGAUAAGCAAGAAACCAAUAGUGUAAUAUUUGUGUCGUUUGGAACAACGACCUCAUUCACCAAAACACAAAUCAUAGAGCUCGCGAUUGGGUUGGAAAAAAGCAAGCAAAAGUUCAUAUGGGCACUAAGAGAUGCCGAUAAAGGUGAUGUUUGUAGUGACUCAUAUGUGUCACAAGUUGAAUUACCAAAAGGGUAUGAAGAUCGAAUCAAAGGGAGGGGGUUGGUCAUUCGACAGUGGGCCCCCCAGCUCGAAAUCUUGGCCCAUCGGGCCACUGGAGGGUUCAUGAGUCAUUGUGGUUGGAACUCUUGUAUGGAGAGCAUAUCAAUGGGUGUACCUAUAGUGGCAUGGCCUAUGCAUUCGGACCAACCAACCAAUGCGGUUCUUGUCACCAAAAUUUUAAAAGUUGGGAUAACGGUUAAGGAUUGGCAAUGGAGAGAUGAGAUGGUGUUGACGGAAAACGUUGAAAACACGGUGACGAGAUUGAUGGAUACGACGGAAGGGGAAGAGAUACGGCAGAGGGCGGUGCAAAUAGGCAGCAGUGUAAGAAAGUCAGUCCGAGAAGGUGGUGUUUCCUGGUUACAAUUACAAUCGUUUAUUGAUCACAUUACUCGAUAGAAGGAAAAUGAUAAAUUCUUUUUAAAAUCUUUUGAACUAUGUGAUCAUGACAUUUGGUAAAAUUAAAGGAUGAAAUAUGAGUGGAUUGUACUAAUGAUAUUUUAGGUUUUCAAAGUGGAUUAUUAAAUUAUUUGGUAGGAAGGUACAUCAUUUCAACAAGAUGGAAAGAAUAAAUAAAGGAUAUGUACCUAUAAUCUAUAAUGUUAUAAUCAUGUGAUAAUAUUUUUUAUUUUAAUAAAAAGUUUUUACACUA